AUGUAAAAUAAUCCAUCAUUUUCUUCCAGUUUAAUACCUAUAGUUUGUUUAGACAUAGGUGGAACAUUAACUAAGUUGACAUUUGCAAUAAAGAAAGGUUUGGCUUUAAAAUGUCAAACGAAAGAAGAAUUGAAAAGUAUGAGACAUGAGAUUAUUCUUAAUAGUAAUAAAUGAAAAUGAAGAUUAUGAAAUACAUUUUAUAUCUCAUCCUAAUUCAUUAGAUGUGUUAAUUUAAAAAUUAGAAUAAAUAGGGUUUAUAGUGGAUGGAAAAUCGCAAAUAUAAAAUUUUUAUAUUACUGGUGGAGGUUCAUUUAAGUAUUAUGAUUAAAUUUCAAAUUAUGGAAAUAUAAUAAGAAUAAAUGAAUUUGAUGCCUUAAAGUUUGGAUUCAAAUUAUUAGAUAGCAUCAAAUACAAAAAUACAUAUUUUACUUUUAAUAAUGGUAUUGAGUAUUUGUAAUUGACGGUAUUUUUAAUAAAAAUAAAUAUUUUGUUAGGCAUCAAUAUAUCCAUUUAUAUUAGUGAAUAUAGGAAGUGGUGUUAGUAUUUUAAAAUUUGAUAAUGAAGAUAAAUUUGCAAGAAUAUCAGGUACAUCUUUAGGUGGAGGAAUGUUUUUAGGAUUAAGUCAUUUAUUUACAGGCAUUAAUGAUUUUGAUGAAUUAUUACGUAUGACGAAAGAAGGUUCAAAUGCAGCUACAGAUUUAUUAAUGGAUGAAGUUCAUUUAGGAUUUUAAUCUCCAACUAGAAAUAAAAAUGAAAAACAUGUUGCUGUUAGUAUGGGAAAAUUGAAGUAGAAUUCAAAUAUUAAUUAAUCAGAUUUAGUCAAAUCUUUACUUUAUAUGACUACCUACAAUAUCAGUCAAAUUGCAUUUUUGCAUUCUAAAUUACAUAAUAUUGAAAGAGUAUUUUUCUCUGGCCAUUUUAUUAGAAACCAUGAAGAAACAUUAUAAUGCAUUAAUGAAGCUUUUUCUUACUUCUCAAAAUUAGAUUAAUAAAAUAGACAUGUAAUAUCAUCUAUCUAAUAUAGCCUUAUUUUAUCAAACAUGAUGGAUUUAUUGGAAGUUUGGGAUCAUUUUGGAAUGGAAUUUAAACACUUAAAUAAAAUAAAUAAUGA